AUGUCCUGGAUACGUCAGGAUCCCUGUGCGGGUGCCCAGACGCCCAUGUGGAAUUUCUUAGAUGGAGACUCAGACCCUUGCACACCUGACGCUCCACCUGCUGCCACUUCACCACCAACCUCUGAAGAACCUGGACCUUUCACAGCUCCAGCAUCACCCUCCUCUUCCUCUGACACCGGUACUGUGUCAUUUUCACCACCAUUACCUGCCUGCGUUGCAGCCCUACAUCCCAAACCACCUCCUGUUCCACCAUCGACAUCAACUUCUGCUGCCACUGUUCACCCUGGACUCCCUUCUCUUCCCGCGCCACCCGCCUCUGCUCCAUCCCUGCACCCUGGACUUUAUCUGCCGGUGGUCCCACCCGGCAGUGCCACCCACCUCAUCAACUGGCUGCCCUUCCUUGCUUCUGCAACCCUCGCCACCAUUCGAGGGAAGGAGGAAGACCAACCACCCAUAAGAACGGGCUCCCUGGAAGGCAUGAAGCGCAGCAGCAGCACACCCCCCCACCCCUCCCACGAUGGAAAUCCCCAGGCAGCACCUAUGGGAGACAGGGCUCCGGGGGCUGCUCCCUCGCCGCCAGCUGCCCACGCCAUGCCCCCGAGCUCCGAGCAGGCGUCGGCGAACGUGAGCGACAUCCUGGCAGAGCUGCGGACGAUGAACAGCCACCUCUCCACCAUCGCCCGAGCCCUGACGCAGCUGGCGUCGUCGCUGGCACCGCAGCAGGACACGCGUGGCACCCCACCGCCAUAG